CACUUGCAUCUAUACGUUACUUUCUGUCUGUCGCUUAGUGGGCAUCAUCACUCAAAAUCAAUCCCGGUAGCUCUACAAACCAGCAAUUCAUAUCUUGAAUACUACCUCAGUGCUACCGCCACCCUCUUCAUCUCCGCACUCAUCUCGCAAACACACUCAUUCACUGUCUGCAAACGAUACCUCAUCCCGGCCGUAAUGGCCCAAUUCUACUCCCAGCAUCAGCAGCAGCAGCCAUAUGGCGCAGCGCCCCAGCAGCAAUCCGCACAUAACCUCCAAUUCUAUCCUACCUCCUACUCAUCCGUUUCUGGUCACACAACGCCUUCACAGGCCACAUAUGGCGGCUAUGGUGUAGCUUCAGGCUCUGGCCCUGGAUUUUCAGUUGGCGGGGGAGGUUCGGGGGGAGUUGGCGGAUAUGGUGGGCCUGCUUUUGGUGCUUCGUCGUCCGGCGUGAGUGGGCGCAUGGGCGAGCAAGGUGGAUUGAGGACGGGGUGGUUGGCAGCGUUUGGGACAGAGGGAUAUGAAGGCGAGCCGCCGUUGCUGGAGGAGUUGGGGGUUAAUUUCGACCAUAUCCGAAAGAAGACCCUUACAGUCCUCAACCCCUUCGCCCGCGUUGACCAACACCUCAUGGAUGACAGCGACCUCUACGGUGCCCUCCUCUACAUAAUCCUCUACGGCACAUUCCUCCUCCUCUCCGGCAAAGUUUUCUACGGCUACAUUUACGGCGUCGCCGUCUUCGGCACGUUCGCCCUCCACCUCAUCCUCAGCCUCAUGUCCCCUUCGCUCUUAGACCCCAUCUCCACAGGUCCAGAAACAUCCUCCCUCGUCGACUCCGUCUCCGCCACCGCCGGCUACCACCCGCACGACAAACCAUCCGGCUCAUCCGGCUCAUCGGCUGCCCCAGGCCGCGCCGGACACUUCUCCUCAACCCUCACGUUUCCCCGCUCCGCCAGCGUGCUGGGAUAUUGUUUCCUACCCCUCGUGUUGACAAGUGGCAUCGGCAUUCUUCUACCCAUGGACACGCUGUUUGGAUACCUGCUAACGACAGCCGCGGUGGGGUGGUGCACGUACAGCAGCUCAGGGAUGUUUUGCGCUGUGGCGCGGAUGCGGGGAAUGAGAUUUUUGGUUGCGUAUCCGCUUGCGUUGUUUUAUGUUGUUUUUGGUAUUAUGGGCAUUUUCUCGUCGAGGGGCGGUGGGUCGUUGGUUGCAAAGGCGACGGGGGGCUGAGUUCGUUUCCUAUGUGUAAUCUGUGAACUGUGGGCUAUGUGUGAGCUGGGGUUUGUGGGUGAGAUGCGACAUUUAGAAAGGCGAAGGUGAAAGCAGAUGGGAAGGGUGAUGUUCUGGGUGUUUUCCAUUUGCAUUUAAUGUCUUGUUCUUCUUUACGACUGCAGUCAAUUUGGGUUUGGAAAUGAUAGAUAACUCGAUUGACUUAAUUAUAUAUUUAUCUCUUCAUGUG